UAUGAAGUAUUAAUUAACAUUCCUCGCCGUUAGCUCCUUAUUAACCGAAGGUAAGGGACCUAACCAUCCCAAUGUCGAAAGAACCUGCCUUUAAAGUGUAGUCGUCAAUGCUGACACCCGAACAUCGCAGCCUGAGGUACUUCAGCUUACCUCCCUUACAAAGAUGUUUUUGACUGGUUGGAACCUUCCAACUUAGUCGGUUAAGGUGCAUCACCGUAAAAGGUACAUUGAGUUUGUACCUAGGUUGAAAUCAUGGGAUGCUGCACAACUGCCUGGACCCAAUGCAGUGAUGCAGUGGGUGAUUCAGUGGCGCCGACUCACACGGGACUCUGACUAAUACGUUAACGACUUCUCCGGUUCUAGAAUUGCGCACGAUCAUCAAUCUGACCAAGCAAUAAACCUCUUUGCUCAAGUAUCUCAAAUCAUUGCAGCAAGCUAUGUGGCACUAAUGUGGUGUGUAUUAAUCGCCUCUCACUGACCAAAUUCCUGUGAAUUACAAAAAAGCAUCCAACCUGAUAGUCGGGUACCGGCAUUAUACGCAACUGGGGCGUCUCUGAUCCCCAACGGUUCAUGAUACAGGAGCACAGCCACGACAGUCCUUUCUACAAACAACAGUUUUAUUCUGGCGAUUCUGUGUCCAACCUCAUCUACUUCAUAGUUCUUGGGGUCCAGGUGAUUAACGCCCGACACUACUCAUAGGCGGCCAGUAUGGCUGCCUUCAAUGCCAAUCUUGCUGGCGCAACAGAGCGUUCCUUCUCUUCGUCACUCUCGCCGGAUCGAGUUGUCGUCAGCUCAGAGGAUGACAAUACUGCGGCCUCCGCUCUCGAUCCCGAUUUUUACAAGAGUCUUACCGAUAAGAGGACGACGCGCGACGGAAAUCCGCCCAAGAAGCGAGGGCCCAAGCCCAACAGCAAGCCUGCAUUGACCAGGCGUCAAGAGUUGAAUCGUCAGGCACAGAGAACACAUCGCGAAAGAAAGGAGCUCUACAUCAAGGCACUGGAAGAUGAAGUUCUUCGCCUUAAAGAAGUCUUCAGCAACGUUUCAUUGGAUAGGGAGAGAUUGGCCGAUGAGAACAAACGGCUGCGAGACACUUUGGCACAGGCUGGGCUUCAACAUAGCAGCCCGCAUGUAGCAGGCAGCGCGACGAGUCGUGGUCCCGACUCGGCCAAUACAAGUUCUCCGCCCUUGACCUCGCGAUCGACAGCGCCAUCGGUUGGCUCACCAAUGAACCUACAUGUGGCCGUCAACCAAGGUUCCACGGCCGGCCAACCGCACGGCAUACCUCAGCCGCUUUAUCGUGGAAACCCUGAGCUGGAACAGGCGGGCAUUGACUUCGUUCUAACUCUCGAGAGGCCGUGCAUGACGCAUAUUCAGUUCAUGGUUGAGAGAGCAUCUGAGCCUGAAGGCGAACCCUGUGGGCAUGCACUUAUGGCAUCGUGCCCACCAGAUCCGGCUCCAGAAACAAGGCCGGGUUUGCCCUUCGGGAAAACUCAUAUUCCAUUGGAUGGCGAUACGAACCAGAAGACAUGGGAAGUUCCAAAGGCAGACCUUGCCACUUUAUUGGAUCUAAGUAAGAGUAUCGACCUCGAUGGUGAGGUAACUCCUAUCAUGUCAUGGGGUAUGCUCAUGUCACACCCAAGGGCAAAUGAGUUGGAGGCGGUUGACUUCCGAAAGCUGAGUGAAGAGCUCGUUCGAAAAGUUAGAUGCUAUGGGUAAGUUUUCUGCGAUGUUACGCCAGCAUAUACUGACUUGGUCAAGCUUUGGUGCUGUGAUGGAGGAGUUUGAGGUGCGAGAUGCUAUCGACAAUGUGUUCAGCGGCAAGGACACGAUGAUGGGUGAAUAGGAGUUUGUUUUGUGUUUUUCGAGUUUGCAGCUGUUGUUUGGAUGUUCCUACUUGCUGUGAUGUUUUGACAUCGUAUCAAUGAGCAUAUAUCCAAUACAUCUCCCUAACUAUUCUGGUUGUUAUAAGUUACAAAAUCCGUUGGAAUCACAUCCGUUCCGAUCUCUCCUGUGACCCUCUUAUUUGCAAACAACAAGAGGAGCAUAAUACUGUCCAGGGAGGGCAACAUCACAAGUCAACUUUGACCUAUUUUCGUUCAAAACGAUCUGCCUUAUAUUGA